AAGGUUCCUUCUGCUAUUUUUCGUUUGUUUCAGGCCGUAAUCGAUGCACGGACGACCACGUUCAACGAAUUCCAGAAAGUCGCCGCAGCAACCAACAAUGCAGACAUCGAGAAGAGUAACGCCACCCACAAAUUCUUCGUCGACAACUUGGUCGAGGCCUUUGAGACCUUGGGCGGGAAGUCAUGGAAGCCGGAAGAGGGCAAGAGCGACCGACCCCAUGGCAAUGGGGGAUGCCGCGAUACAGAUGAUGAUCUGAAGCCCCUCAGCUUUUCCAACCUCUUUGAGGCCCUAAAUCUUGACGGUACCAAGGAAAAUCACAACGGAUAUGAUGGCGAAGACCCAAGCGACAACGAGACACAGCCAACUUUUCCAGGCCCACGAAGACGCCAACAGAGGCGAUCCAGCAAAGGAAAAGCCCGCAGAGGAAAGAAGACAAGAGGAAAAAAUACAAAGCCCGUCAAAGCCGAGAUGUCCCUUGAUGAUUUAUCUCUGGAGCGGUAUCUCCUCAUCCUGGACAAGGAUGAUCUUGUGUUUGAUCGCCAUCUUGCGGCCCGUGAGAUGUUCUUUACAUGGUCAAGCUUACGGUCCUAUGUGCAACCACUGUGGCACGAGGUCGCUUACUCAGGUCUAAACAGCGCUGUGGCGGCCACUGUUUCCAACUUGGCCAUAUCCGUUAUGCGGACUUUCAUGUUGAAGACGUCCGCCAACUUUCCGGACCACGAUUCAUACGAGAUGGUGUUGAAAGCUGUUGUGUUGAGCGACCGCGGUAACAAUUGCUCAAAUUUAACAUUUAGGUAUAUGAGAUCGAAGGAUGUACUGCGACCAUCUGAGGAAUACGGUGACCGGGAAGACAGCAAGGAUCAAUUCAUGAUCAAUACGUAUCGAGACCUCCUUGACUUCGUUGCCGACUUUCAAAAGACGCGUACAGGCAAGCCAACAAAACGAAUGCUCCGCGAAAUCAAAAACUGGAUCCCAAAUAUAGACCUACAAACAGCGACCGAGAACCAAAGACUCGCUUGGCGCCGUGCGUACACCAUCAACUGGCUUUACAACUUGGUCAAUGUCUACUCUUCGCCUGUGAUACAGCAAAGGUCUGCGGGGAAUGAGAGUCUCGUUCUAGAUCUUGUGGAUUGGUCCAAAAACGGGCCGUGUGGCGUGCAUCCAGCGCUUUACGAAUUUGGCGAAUUUGCCAGCUUUAUCACGUCUCUCGCAAUGCAAAAGCCAGGCACAGACAUCCGGAAACGAAUUCUCCCAUACCAUGUUCUCGAGCUACAAUUCAUUGUCGAUUCAAUGACUGCCUCACGAGGGUGGUAUAUUGCCAUAAACCGCAAUCGUUUUUCCUCGUCGCCACCUGAUUUUCGUCCCAUGCGCGACUUUACUUUGUUCUUGGGUCACAAAGAGACGCCAUUUGUCCUAGGGUUCUUGCCAGCUAUCGAUUCAUUAACUGAUACCUUGAAUAUGGAGUUGUCGAAGCAGGGCCUUACAACUCAGCGUGAAUUUCUGUUCUUUCGUCGCAGGAUUAAGGAGUUCCAGUCCGGGCUUGUCAACCGGCUCGGUAAAGCCAAACACGUACUUGGGUCGACAAAAAUUCCAUCGUCACGUUUCGCGGAUACGAACCCAAAUAGUCUCUGGGAAUACUCGCCGUUUCUUUGUGGAGUCGGCCUCGCGGGAGCGCUUUCAGGCGUGUAUAACUUCGGCGUUUUCGCUUUAGACAUGACCCCGCAGCCCCUGUUCAUUGUUCAUCUAUACAACAUGCUCGUUCAAAAAGGGUAUAUUGAGCGUCACAUUGGUAUCUUCAAAGCUUUGCAGGACCGCUUUACCAGGGUCUGGUUCGCGGACGGCAAAAUCCCGACAUCGCGAUUUCUCAAGGCGUUGUUCCAAAGACUCAAGCAGUGUCCUUGCCGACGCCAAAACAUCCGAAUGCAACUUCGAGGACAGAACCACGACCCAAUGCUGUGCCGGAAGCGAAAAUUGAGGGCUACGAGCUCCAAGAUCAGGCUUUACCACUCGGUAGACUGGGACGCGAUGAAGCUUAUUCUUAAGAACAAUAUGGCCGAUCCUAGUCUGGCUCGUAAGCACAUGGCCGAAGAACCCGGAAUCAACAGUGAGGAAAUGACCGAACAACCCGAAAUCCUUCAACGUGAGCAAGCCCAGAGCUUAACCAAUGAGAUUAGAUUUCUUGACUAUUUGACGUCGGAGUUAUUGUCUGACGUGUGUGGGGACUUGCCAUUGUCAGGGCUCAAUUACUUCUGGCUUCUGGAGAAGAUCAUUUCGUGGUUCAAACAGGUCGAAGCAAAACUAUCUGUACAAAAAAUUGAACCUAUCUGCGUGCGAGAACGGCGCAUGGCGCGGAUCCCGUACUGA